AUGGAAAAUAGAAAAACUUUUUCUUGGUUAAAGGAACAGAUGAUUCGAUCGAUUUCUGUAUCGAUCAUGAUAUACGUAAUAACUCGCACAUCUAUUUCAAACGCAUAUCCCAUUUUUGCGCAGCAGGGUUAUGAAAACCCGCGGGAAGCAACUGGACGAAUUGUAUGUGCCAAUUGCCAUUUAGCUAAUAAGCCUGUAGAUAUUGAAGUUCCCCAAGCAGUGCUUCCUGAUACUGUAUUUGAAGCAGUUCUUCGAAUUCCUUAUGAUAUGCAGCUGAAACAAGUUCUUGCUAAUGGUAAAAAGGGAGGGUUGAAUGUGGGUGCUGUUCUUAUUUUGCCUGAGGGAUUCGAAUUAGCGCCGCCCGACCGUAUUUCUCCUGAGUUGAAAGAAAAGAUAGGAAAUCUCUCUUUUCAGAGUUAUCGUCCCAAUAAAAAAAAUAUUCUUGUGAUAGGCCCUGUUCCCGGUAAGAAAUAUAGUGAAAUUGUCUUUCCCAUUCUUUCCCCCGAUCCCGCUACAAAAAAAGACGUUCAUUUCUUAAAAUAUCCCAUAUAUGUAGGGGGAAACCGAGGAAGGGGACAGAUCUAUCCUGAUGGUAGCAAGAGUAACAAUACGGUCUAUAAUGCUACGUCAACAGGUAUAGUAAAAAAAAUACUACGUAAAGAAAAGGGGGGAUAUGAAAUAUCCAUAGUGGAUGCGUCGGAUGGACGCCAAGUGAUUGAUAUUAUACCUCCCGGGCCAGAACUUCUUGUUUCAGAGGGGGAAUCAAUCAAGCUUGAUCAACCAUUAACAAGCAAUCCUAAUGUAGGAGGGUUUGGUCAGGGGGAUGCAGAAAUAGUGCUUCAGGAUCCAUUGCGCGUCCAAGGCCUUUUGUUCUUCUUCGCAUCUGUUAUUUUGGCACAAGUUUUUUUGGUUCUCAAAAAGAAACAGUUUGAAAAGGUUCAAUUGUACGAAAUGAAUUUCUAG